CUGGCUCAUCUCUACAUCCCGGCAAAUCAAUACAGCGUUUAUCUGUAUCUGAUUGGAUACCGUUACGCCCAGUUCUGGCUACUCAUGCACGUAUUGAUCGGUAGCUUGGAGCCCAGAUGGAAUGGAGGGGAUAUAGCUAGACCCCGGGACCCGGGUCACGGAAGGAGUUGGGCUCUUCUAGCGUUGCAAACGGAAGGUUCGGGGUUACUGUUUCAUAGUAUUCUUCAUUGCGGGUAACUGUAGUUGGCUCUUGACGUUUGAGAAUCACAUUUAAACAGUGAAUGACAAAAUGUGGUGCAGCAGUGAGACGCCAAAGUUACCCCAGCGUUCUCUUAGGAAGCGGUUUUUAGCCGUCAGAAAGUUCCACGCAUGUAUGACCGAUAACUGAGCUACGGGUCAUAUGGAUUUCGUCAAACAGAACAAUCACGACGGAGCCCCUCCGCACUGUGGCAUCGGUGUCCGUGAGUUGUCGGAGGAACGACUGCCAGGGAAGUGGAUCGGUCGCCGUGGUCCCGUGGAGUGGCCGCCCAGAUCCCCUGACUUAACGCCCCUCGAUUUUUAUCUAUGGGGACAUCUUAAGCAGAUAGUGUAUGCUGAGAGCAUCCGUGAUUUGAGACACCUGGGGGAACGCAUGCAACACGCCUGUGACCAAAUUGCGGCGACUACAGUUGUGCAUCGCACGGGAUGGACAACACUUAGAACAGGUGUUGUAGCAGUCGGUAUGAAGGAUUGUGACAUUGAUGUGGUGCUGUCAGUGACUUGGAUUCGCUUCAUUUUGCAGACAAGAUGUCCACAGUUUUCUCUGGACGACUCGUUAAGUGCCACUGAAGCUGCAGUGUGUGAAGUCGGUAAGGAGGUCAGGGUACGGAGAUCCCGGCACGGCGUCUCGUCCUCUCGUGACGGCACGCGGUGUUCGGCUACCGGAAGGUCCGUGCCGAAGCCUCCGGACAGUUCCGCGACGCUCGUGGCGGAGGUUCUGGCCGAGCCGGUUAUUCGAGGCGGCACACUGCUACACGCACCGAGCCGGACUGCACACUCGUGGCCAGUGUGGGAAAUCUUUCACCCUCUCUUACGACUCGAAAGAGGACGAAAGGCGGGACGAGGGGGAAGAGCUACAGCUGCGACGUGUGCGGGAGAGUGUCCUCGCACCACGUGUGGAUCGGCCCGACCGCUGUAACGCGGCAGUCCGGCUACCUGCGAAACCGCGUCCGCGUACACACGGAGGAGCGGCUGUUCACCUGCCACAUUCGCAGUAAGUUAUUCGGAUAGGUGCAUCUGUGCGUGCGAGCAUGCUCGCACACCGGCAAGUCGGCGCGGUCGGGAGAUCUGCGACGAGCUGUUCUUCUGUAACACGCGCCGGAAGUUGCACAGGUGUGUGCGUAGUGGACUCUGGCAGAGGCACCGGAAGGCACGAAGUUGGCGAGCUGUUACUGUUAUGUUUUACCACUUGUACAUACCUGCAGAAAAUCGUAUUGUAUCAGCCUCAGCUAUUUUUUUCAGAAGACCUACGUGUCGGUAAUUAAAAGGAAUUACACGCACGACUUCUGUAUAUUUCUUCAACGUUUGCA